AUGCUCGGUAUCCGUACCGCACUCAAGCCCGUCUUGGAGUGUUCCGCUGCCGAACUUGUCUACGCUACCACCCUAUGGAUUCCCGGGGAUUUUUUCUGGUACUCCCAAAUCUCAGGUGACCUCGAUACCAGCGAUUAUGUGCAUAGAUUGCGCCAAGUCAUUACUCAUCUUCGAGCCACUCCUCCACGUCCUUCAACAAGUAAGUCGUACGUCGACCCGAACUUACUAACAUGUUCUUUUGUAUGUGUCCGCGUAGAUAGCGUUUCGCCGGCCACUACAACGGCCCUAUGACGGCCCAUUUCGAGUACUAUCGCGCAAGGUCAAGCAUUUUACAAUUGACCGUGGAGGCCGCACCGACGUGGUUUCAAUCGAUCGCUUGAAGGCGGCUUAAACCGAGCCUCUUUCAACUUCUCCAACCGAACAACCUCUACUUGGCACAUUGCCACUUGCUAUUUCCCAGACUCCAUUUACGCCCAGUAACCCCGCGUCCUCCUUUAUCCCACAGAUUACUCCCCUUACGCGCAGCGGUCGUCAUCUCCGUUUUCCCGACCGUUACCAACUUGUACAAUAUGCAUGACACUCCCACAUUUUCCUUCUAUUAAGAAUAAUUUUUUUUGAACGCCGUUCUCCUAGGAGGGGAAGUAUUUAAAUGACAUUUAAGUCCGUUUUGUUUUAAUCAGUUACAAUACGCUUUGACACAACUUUGAUUAAGACAAAGAACACGCCCGUGCACUGUUACCUGCUGUCGACUGUUCUUAUUUACUAGUUUGUAACUGUUGGGAUACUGCUAUUUUCGUUUUCCGGAUAGCUUACUUACUGUGCCCAGCUAAUGAGUUUAUCACUUACACGUUCACAGAAGUCUGUCCAUGAGCAAUAGCAUUUAUUAACUGUUCUCUGUAUUGCGGGUUACGAUUAUGCUUUGCACGUGAAAUUGUUCUAAAUUAUUCGAUCGUGGAACUCCCAAAUGUUGGCUUGAUUUUUAAGCAAAUGUAUAUGUCGUUCGAUAUAACUUCGCGCAUAUAUAUACAUAUUGAAAAUAAGUAAGAUUCUUAGGGAGGGGAAUAAACUUUAAGGAGUAAAAUGUCGAGUCUGGUUCCCCAGCUCGUUGUCAGACUUUUGGGCUAUGUACACAAACAGUUAACUGUUUAACCGUGUGGAACAAGUUAUUUUAUGGUUGGCCGAAGCCUGCGCCAAUGCGCUUCAUCCCCUCGGCAUUGGCGGCACUCGCUUCCAUUUGUCCUUGAGAAAUUUGUAUGAGGCAUCUAAAUCGAUUUGCUGAUUGAUGCUUGCCUCAUCUGAGUGCAUUGCCUCCAGGAAUUCGCGGUCUUUCCUUUUUGGGCAGGCGCCAACAAUGCGGGUGUUCUACCAUGCAAAUUUGUGUCCACUGUGUGCAUAGCCACCUGGGAUAAAUGAUCUCGUCUCCUCACCUCUAACUGAUGCUCAUGUUUGCGUGUAGAGGAAGAUUUCCCAGCUUGGCCACAAUAGGCGGCAUCAUAACUGGAACAUAGUAUUUUGUAGAGAACACCUUUCCUAUCAAGAUAGCCAACCCUGUCCUUAGGGUGUACAAGCUGUGUACGCAAGGUGGUUAUAUGUUGGUGUGCUACUUGUAUCUGAUGCCUUUUUCAGCUGUCUUUCGACGAAAACAUGAGUGCUUAGGGCAGUUGAUCUAAUUUCGCUUCGCACAUUUUUGACGCUGGUUACCCAUGUCGUGGUUAAACGAGUAGAAGACGUAAAAAGCAGUCAAAAUUUUAAGAUGCCUGAAAACUCGAUACUGCCUUAUCAGUGCUGAGAAUGGGUCGAUGCUCUGGCCUGACAUCACGUUUGAUUAAAUAUGAUCUUCUGCAUCUUUUUAUGAUUUUUGGGCAUGUUGUCUAGAUCGAUUCGUCAAAUGAUGCAUAAAUCAUCACAGUGAAUGGCCUCUAGAAAUUCUCUGUCAUACGCAUGUGGGCAGAAACCGACAGUGCACGUACACAUAAUUUGGGAUUAAAUAAUAGUAGGAUUACAACAUCUGAGUUUUGCAUCGUCGCCACAGCUAGAAAACUUUGCUUUAACACUUCAAUUUUUAUCUGGAAGCAAACUUUCGUUCACACAUGAAUACAGUCGACAGCUGAAAAGAGAGCCUAUGAGAUCACAUAUUUCUUGUUUUCUUACUGAGGUCACGAGGCCAAAAUUGAUAACUAUGACCCAACCAUUAUUUAACCCAAAAUUAUAUGCACGCUAUAUAUUUGGCACAUUUGUCAUCGUCAAAAGAAAGCAAACAGGAACGCGUUAGCAACUCAACACUGCCAGAAAUUACCCUUCACGCUCGAAAAAGAUGCUGACUGCAAACUCUCAUUUCCAGAUGUCCUCGUACAGUGAAAAAGUCACAAGACAUUCCACACAUCAGUGUUCCGCUUAUAUAGAAGUUAUUUUACAUUACGAGACCAACCACCUUAUUGCUCGUAUACGGAGUGCUGUUAACUGAGCAGGUUUUGUUCAGUUUCGUUAGGAGAAGGCUAUCGUGUUCGGGAAUCUGGUUUGGGGAACGAUAAACAAGUGCAAUUGCCAGUGGCCGGACGUAUUCAGUGGAGAUAGUUAAGGAUAAGAAUUCCACUUCCACUGUUGAUGUUGGAUUUCGCUCAGGGACCGCGGUCAGGUUGUGCGAAUAUAGACAGCGACUUCUCCUUCUCGGCUUUUUCUCUCUUUUAAACAGUUUGUAGCCUCUUAGAGAUACCUCAUGAUCUCCAAUAUCAUCAAAAAGCCAAGGUUUUGUCAAGGCAGUGAUAUAUGUCGUGUGUUCUACGAACAUAGUUACAAGUCCAUCAAUCUUGUUCAAGAGGCUCUGUACAAUUGAAUACGUCACAUUCAGUGUUUGUUCUCGCGGAGGUCACCAUCCCUGAUAACAAAGGGGGUUAGCCAGAAGAACGAUCGCUUGAUCUGAAGUAUCUUCCCUUUUCAUAGUUUCAACCCCUUCUCCCCUCUUCUGUCCUCCCCUUUAGUACUUUCCAGAGAUCCCUCACCUUAUGCGAUUCUGUCGGUUCGUAAUCCGGCUGAAAAAACACCUCCAUAUGCGGAUGACGAGAACCAUCCUCCCUUCUAGGAGAUUUGAAGCCUGGAAUUCGUUUGCGGGAAUGAUUUUGAGGGACCUUGGUAGUCCACACGACGCAUCUGUGUUACCUAGACGGAAAGAUCUGUGCACGGUAAAACAUUCUUUGUCCUGAACGACGGCAUUUUAAAAUGAUCGAAAGCGGUUGAGAUCGUGUUUGAUUCUUUGUUUUGUAACCGAAGAAAUAGUUCAGCAGCUCCCUUUAUGACGAAAUUUCGUUUUAAGUCGAGGUGCCUGUUUGAUAGAGAUCCCCGGCGUUUAUUUUUACACGCGCGGUCACGUUUUUGCCAAUUUCCGUUUCAUCAUCGUUUGAUUCAGAGCCAGUCUCAUAGGCAUAGCUACAACAGGGUUCCUCACCCACCGAGUAUUCUUGGUCGUGCGAUGCAUCCUUCGACUGUCUGGUAUUUCCUGGCACUGCGUGUGGAAUCUGCUCUCUCAUAUGGACACCCUGGCUUGCAUUUUUUCGGGAUGCCCAGGGGCACUUCUGCGUUCCCUGAGAUCCCUCUGUGUCGUUCUUUUCUUGCACAAGCGGUCGGUUCUCAGUUGUGAUAGCUUCCUUAGACGGGCUGUCUUCUUCCUUGAUGGUUGAUAUAGUUAAUGAGAAUGUGCUUGUAUAGAUCCCCUUUGUUUUCUUAGGGUCUGACAUUGGCCACUUUUUUCUAUGCGUGUGAAUGGCGAGGAAGUUUCGUCAACUAAUCCAUCUCUAUUUUUAUGUCUCUUAUCUCAUUCUCCAUCUCCAAGAAUUUGUGGAGAAGUCUAAAACACGACGUAUGGUUUUUAUCUUCGUUGUUGUAGUUGACAUCCAUUUAAGUUACUAAACUCCUGGCUAUUUUGGCAGAAGUAGAUUUGAUAGCGGAAAAAUUUACGCUACAUUCAUUUACGCAAUGUGCAUUGUUUAAAACAUCAUUAUUUUUAGUCCGUCUGCUGCAAGUCAUUGGUCCAUUGGUAACGACGUCGGUCUCGUCACCUCCCUGACUGGGCUCGAUUACUGCCUGGGGCGCACCUUUUGAGAAACAUCCCGAAGACACUUCCUCGAUUACCAUUUUCAAGUAAAUACACUGGGGAAGUUUUUAAGUUUGUAGGAGAAGCUAUUUAACCAGACCAACGAUAUGAAACCGGCAGCGAAAUUUAUGAAGCCGUUCUUGGGAUGGGUAGUCCCGCGGUUCCGUUGUCAGAGACGUGGGCCGAAAGAGAAUGGUUGUCCCAGAGAAAGUCCCGUCGAAGUUCCGUGUGGAUAGUUAAUUUGCUGGUUACGGCCUAAUUUUUUAAUUCAAACGGAAUUACACAGCGUCCAGUAGACAGAAAUCCCGAAAAAUGCGAAGGCCUCUGAGCUCCUUCUAAAUGUGACCUUUAUUGUCCUAUGUGUUGCUUUAUGUGCACGACCCACGAAAAAGUCUGGCACAUUUGGCACUGGGCGUGUGGAACGCGUAUAUAAUUUGUCACUCGUUGCUAGCACUAUUACCACUAAUCGCCUUAAAUUAGCUUGAGCAUGGAAGAGCGCCGCGUGUGCAACAAGGCAGUGAGAUAAAUAGCUGAAUAUUACAUGAUGUCUAUAUACAUGAUGGCCUUACAUGAUGCAUUAUACAUUAUCGCACUGCCUUCUGCGAACCGUGAAUCGAGUAAAACAUAUUUCCUUCAGAGAAUUAAACUGGUAAAUAGCGAUAAUUGGUAUAUCACCGCAAAAGCACAAUUAUUCGUCCAUCUGUCAUAGCGCUGCCGAUGGGUAUCUCAUCUGAAUAUGAUUAAAUAAUUUUAGUUGCAGGAAACGAUCAAUUAAAAGUUGAUGGAAUGUGGAAUAUACAUACAUGGUUAUUCAACUUUAAAAAAACAAUUUAUUUUGUUCACCCGUAAACAGUUUAGCAUUAGCAACUGACUGGGACGUACGCAGGGUACCAACGAAAAUUUCUAAAAUAAUGUCGCGGCAAAGUCACGGUCGUGUGCUUUUCGCCGACUUAGACUGUUCUGGAAUUUUUACUUCUACAUAUUGUUUUGCAAUUUGUGAUUUAUUAUUUAUUUAUUUCGUCCUCAUUUCUACUUACCAGGAGCGUUGAAUUGAGACUGCAUAAAUUCCAAUUUCUCCGCCUAAUGUUCGGUUUUAUUUUCUUCUAAGAAGACUUUUAAAAAAUUGAGCCUUUUGAGACAAUGAGACCUCUGUAAAUGUCCGGCUUAAUUUCUUUAUUGAUGUCAUUUGCAAUAUAUACCAUGUGAAUGACCCUAAGUUUUAUAAACGAACGGAGACCUCAUCGCAAGGAAGAGAAGGGCUACAUGAAUUGCCAUAAGCGGAAAUUAAACGCAUGCAUCAACAAAAACAAAAGAACCAAUCAAAAAGUAAAGAAGGCUAUAAAAUUCAAAGAAUUAUUGAACUCUUCUAAGACGCAAUAAGCCCUGUCGCCGGAUAAACAGUUUUUAAUAAAAAUGUUUUUAACAAACGCGAUGCCGGUUGCGUUAACACAGCAGGGCGCACUCAUCCAACCAAAUUUGCACCCCCAUUUGUACUCACAAGUGUUUUAUGAAGACAUAGGAAUUGGCUCUACGGGAUCUUUAAUGUGUUCAGCAUAUGUAGCCGCCGGGCGACUGUGGAAUUAGGCUAGAAAUUAAUCCCAUAUUCAUUGGCCUUUUGAGCGGACAGACGGGAGGAGUAUUCAGGACAUCAUAGAUUGGACGUUUUUCACUUUUAAUCUCGAGCGUGUGAGCUGAUCAAGGGAACUACAAGUGGUUUCUAAGCCCCUGGUAGAUUUGAGGAAUUGCUUAUGUGUAAGCUGGAAUAGCUGGGCGUCCUGCAUUGUAAACAUCAAUUCAUACUCCCUUGCUCUGACCGUAUGGGGUACUGGAGAAUGGUACCAAACCGUGCUUGACAAUAACAUGUAAUGAUCACAGAAAAACGUGCUUACGUACACACAGGAUGCAAAAUUGGGGCCUCACUACAAAAUAUCCUAAGCGGAAAUGGUAAAACUAUUUUGUCUCUCAGUCCGAAACAACGUGUCGGGAUUUCAACACAAGAAACAGUCAUUUGAUACAUUUACAUAUAUUAUUGUCGACCUGAUGACAACCAGCAAACCAACAACUCACAUUUCAGCUUGCGGUCUAUUUUCCGAAAAAUGGUUUUUGGAAUGCCCCCACUAUUCCAAUUCUAGGCAGAAAUCAAUGAACAAAAAACGAGCUGAACAAACUAGUUUUUUUGGAAUUCAGUGUGUGGCCGACCUCAUGAUAUUGGCCAACAUUCUGAAAUGCAGUUUUGGUUAGGAAGGAUUUGUUGAUUUCACAUAAUGACAUUUAUUAUUCUGCGACAUAAUCACAUGAUAGUUCGGACAUACCGGUAUGUCUGCUGGGUAUAGUAUAUUUAGUGACCUAACUCAUGAAAUGUGUCGAAACUUACGAAUGAUUCCCAACCACUCAUAAACCGACACCAUUUCGUAAGUCCGAUUUCUAUUUAAAUAAGAACAAGUUUAAAAAAAAACGCAAAAAAUAUUAAAGACAGCGUUGCGUUUUUUAGAAAUUCCGACUUAUUUAGAAAAGCGCAUUGUCCUGAAAACCUCCAAAUCAGUUCUAAUUUAGUAAACUUCGUUUUAAAUGUACAACAUGUAUUUUCAUAUCGAAAACGUAGCAACUAUGAAAGUAGACAUAAAAUAACGUCUAAUGAUUAGACGUUCAUUUUAUAUCUAAAUAUUGUUUAGUAGGUAAUGCGAUUUCAAAUAAGACGGUCUAUUAACUGCCUACAUUCUAAGCGUAGAUUCCAAAGCAGUUUUCCAGUGUUUCGUGUUCAACAAGAGAAGCUGCAGUUUGCUUGUUUUCACGGAUGUGGACGUCGUAGGAUCAAACCUGUUCGUAAGGUGACAUGCCAUGAGGCCGGUCGGUACCUAAUAGAUUUAAAUAAAACUGACAGGCGGGAUCGUGAGCUUACUAUAUUGCGUUUAUGGGCAUGCGUUUUCUUCCGUUAAAUUAAUUUACACUUGUCGAUCGUUUUUGAUUACGCUGGCCUCGAAAGUUUGCUGAAUGCUUCAUGAUUUUCUGUGUAUUCACUCGAUCUUACAUAAAGACAGGUUCUGAAUUACCUGUCUGUUAAGCAAUUUAAAAUAGGAUUAUUAUUGAUGGCAUUUAUCGGGUUGUGAGUGUUGGGGCGCUCUUUUUCAGGAAAAUGGUCGUUUGGGUCACAUGUAAAGAUUCAUUCAAACAUCAAACUUCAAUUUUGAGAAAAAUAACUGUCUGCAUCUAAAGUCAGCAACGAAUAUUCCUUCGAUCAAUAAGAAAACUUUCCUUAAUAAGUUACAUGUUUAAGAUGUGCUUUACUACUGCACUCCGUUGACGGAUGGCUGUGCACUUUGCAUUUUUGCACGGUAAGGCCAAGUAAAAAUAUGACAAUUUUUGGCCGUUUCUUUCGCGUUCCUGAGAAAUACUAAUAUGCUUUCUACUGUGAAAGGAAGAGCAUGCCCUUCUUUAUAUACUGAGGCCAUUUCCACUUUUUGUGCUCGCUUUCAGCCCCCGUUCUUCGAUUAUGAAUGCAUGGCAGAGCGCCCAUAUAAAUACUGAUAUUUUGCUAAACUGUUGAUAAACUGCUGGGAAUGACAAUUCCUUGCUGUUUAUUUAUGUGACAUCCGGAAGAAUUUUCCAAACGGCAAAAUAAUUUCAGCCCACUUGAACGAAGGAAUUCCUAUCUGCGCUAUUACUGCACUUUACGGCACUAACCGAAUCUGCUAAUUUGACAUUUACGAAUUGAUAAAACCUCUGGUUUUCUUAAAUAACCUCUGUAUUAGCACGUUGGCCACCGUGGUUAACAUCGGACAUAAAAUAAAUUUUUUAAGUUCGGCUAAAUCUGGUUACUAAAACUCUCGACGGGUACAUUAUUAUCCAUUCAAUUAAAUAGUCGCUCAUAUGCAUAACCGGAGUCUAGGUCAUGUAUUAGCAUAUGAAAAUGCACAAAAAUAUUCUAAUGUCAAAUUUCGAUAAAAUUUACUGAUUGUGUACGUGAUAUAAUAACUUAAAUCAAAUUUCUGCACAAGCAGAGGACGUGUCAUUAAAGAAUGUCGAUAAGCGAACAAAGUGCUUAAAUUUAAAGGCGUCCAGAACUGCUCUCAUCAUUUUCCGUUAUCAGAUUUUAAUGAGACAGGCCACGUAAUCUAGGUUCAAAAAUAAGAUGCGUCUAUUUGCAGUGCUUUCGUACAAGAUUACGGCAUUUUCUCUGGUCCUCCAAUGUAACAUGUAAGGGGUGACCAACACGCCUGCGCCACUUUGGGUAAUAAAGUCUUACAAUGCAAUGUGAUGGCACUGGUUAGACACAGAAAGGCUGCUCGUUUUGCAUAUGCACAAUCUUACUUUCUCUGUCGUUGCUAAUCGCUGUUAGGAAUAUAUCUUUUAUCUGUUUGUGACGUAGCGAAGUUUUAAGCACCUACUUAGUAAGCGAAAGUUGGUUAUACUCGUUUAUAUGUCGUUCAGCAUUCAUAUAUCAUCGAAAAAUGUUAUCGUUGUCGCGUCAACAAUGAAUUCGACGGUAUGCACUUAACCCUGCUUGUUGUGCGUCUUUUACUGUUUUAUCGAAUCCGAAUUAACAAAGCUGUUUUCUACCCCAGACGCCGCCACAUUUAGCAACGACUGCGUGAUAUGCAGAACGCCUGCAGUGCUCGCAAACCUGAGGAGAUCCAGGCUACGCGGAAAGCAACGGGUGGAAAACCUUCUUUUCCGCGAUUAUGCUGUCUACGGUCCGCCAACAAAUGGCACUGCUCCUCUCCUCAGCGCCGACGGCAGUACCCUCCUGACUGAGAAGGCACCAAUUCUACAGAGAUGGACCGAGCAUUUCGGAGGCGUAGUUAACCGCCCCUCCGCCAUCUCCGACGCCACCAUCGCCCGUUUGUCGCAAUUUGAGGCCAACGUGGACCUCGACCUCCCGCCAUCUCUCCAGGAAACCAUCAGGACCAUGCAGCAGCUCUCCAGCGGGAAAGCUCCCGGAUCGGACGCGAUCCCUGCUGAGGUCUACACGCACGGAAGUCCCCAACUAAUGGAUCACAUAACUGUGCUCUUGCAGGAGAUGUGGCGUCAAGGUUAA